UUAUUGUUGGAUCGGUAAUUGAUUGCUAUGGGGACGAGAAAAAUAAUAAACUGUAGAAACUAGAAAAUAUUUUGAUUGGAGGAAGAAGUAAAAAAAAAAAGAAAAAAGAGGAGAAAUAAGAAAAACAAAAAUAUUUCACUGAAAGAAGAUAUAAAAAAAAUUGAUUUCGUGACAACGGCAUGUUGCAGGGUUCCGCGGCGGCGGAGAGUUGUUGAGUUGAAGAAAAACUCUCUUCUCUUCUCUUCCAUCGGUAUUGAGUUGAGACUUGAGAGUGAGGAUGCUGAAUGGAAUUAGGUAUGUCUUCCCUCGCAUUCACUUACUCUUUUGUUUCCCUCUUUCUCAACAUAUCAGACUCUUUCGUUAUUUCCAUCGCCAAAAAUUUGACACUCUAGACCACGCUCUUCGCUCCUUCAAUCGCUUACUCCAAACCCACCCUCCCCCACCCAUUUCCGCUUUCGACAAGGUUUUGGGAGCCAUUGUAAGAAUGGGGCACUACCCCACUGCCAUCUCUCUCUUCACCCAACUCCACCUUCGUGGAAUCACCCCUUCCAUUGCCACCCUCACCAUCUUCAUCAAUUGCUACUGCCACCAGUCUCACAUGUCUUUCGCCCUCUCCCUUUUGGGAACCAUUCUCAAGAUGGGUUACCAACCCAACAUGGUCACUUUCAACACCCUCAUCAAUGGUUUCUGCAUUAAUGGCAUGCUAUCCAAAGCCCUUAUUUUUAUCCAUGACCUCAUGGCCAAAGGCUACCCUUUGGAUGAGUUCACUUAUGGGUGUUUGAUCAAUGGUCUCUGUAAAAAUGGGCAAACUAGAGAUGCCCUUUUAUUGUUGCACACGAUGGAGCAAGAGUUGAUUAGGCCUAAUCUUGUCACUUAUAGCACAGUCAUUGAUGGACUAUGCAAAGAUAGGCUUGUGGCCGAUGCGCUACGUUUGUUCUCGCGCGUCACUUCGCGGGGGAUUUUGGUUGAUGUUGUCACCUACAAUUCUCUCAUUCGUGGUUGUUGCAGUAUCCGUCAAUGGCGUGAAGCAACGCGGUUGCUAACUAUGAUGGUGCAGGGGAACGUUGAUCCGGAUGAUUAUACCUUUAACAUAUUGGUUGAUGCAUUGUGUAAGGAGGGAAGGAUUGUGGAGGCUCAAGGUGUGUUUGCUGUGAUGAUGAAGAGAGGGGAGAAACCUGAUAUCGUUACUUACAAUGCCUUGAUGGAGGGUUAUUGUUUAAGCAAUGAUGUUAGUGCAGCGAGAGAACUGUUCAACAUGAUGGUCAAAAGAGGCUUGGAACCUGAUGUCUUGAAUUAUAAUGUCUUGAUUAAUGGUUACUGCAAGAUUGAGAUGGUAGAUGAAGCCAUGGUUCUCUUUAAAGAGAUACGUCAGAAAAAUUUAGUCCCUAAUAUUGCUACUUAUAAUUCUCUUGUUGAUGGCUUGUGCAAAUCGGGGAGAAUGUCAUGUGUGCAGGAGCUUGUUGAUGAAAUGCGUGAUUGGGGUCAAUCCCCUGAUAUAAUCACUUACAACAUUUUGUUAGAUGCUUUUUGCAAAACCCAACCUUAUGACAAGGCAGUCUCAUUAUUUCAACAAAUUGUCCAAGGAAUUUGGCCUGAUUUUAACAUGUAUAAUGUAAUUGUUCGGGAUUUCUGCAAAGAUGAAAAAUUAAAGAUUGCAGAAGAAGCUCUUCAACAUCUUUUGAUGCAUGGCUCUCGUCCAAAUGUCCAAACAUAUACCAUUAUGAUCAAUGCACUUUGUAAAGAUGACUCUUGUGAUGAAGCUUUGACCUUGCUUUCAAAAAUGGAUGGCAAUGAUUGCCCCCCUGAUGCAGUAACCUUUGAAACAAUUAUUGGGGGUCUCCAAGAAAGAAAUGAGACUGAUAAGGCAGAGAAGCUUCGUCAGGAAAUGAUUGAAAGAGGUCUUGUAAAUGAUGAGAAAAGGUUGAUGCCUCAACAGCGAGUGAAUCUGUGACUGCUGGGCUCGGUGUUCUCAUUCUAUUGCACACUGCAAGCAGUGCAAAUCAAGAUUUGCAUGUGUGGUAAUCCAUCCAGACUGUGAAUGGCAUAGCAAUUAUGCUAAAAACAUUCAAAUUUUCAAUGUUUCUACGGGCUACAACGAUCAACCCUAUACUGUUGUUUGCUUCCCUGCCAGUUCGGGCUUUUAGUCUGCUUGACCUCUCUGCUUCCAUUUUUUCCAAAUGGUCUCUAUACCCUGCAUUUCCUUUCCUCUAAACUGGCUUGCUUCAUUCUUAGCAAGUUUCCCAGCAAUUGUUUAUAUUCUCUGGAAAAUUGCACUUCCCGUGAUCAAGUAAAAACAAGACAGAUUACUUGGUCAUCGGAGCUUGUGAAGAUUCAGUGCAUAGCCUUGUGGACUUUGCCAGAGACAUGUGCGAGUAGGGAUUUAUGGUUAAAUAUAUUUUCCACAAUGAUUGAUAGAGCGAAAGAAUUACGUAUGGAAAAGGGGGUACAAUAGAGUGUCAAGAGAGUUAAUGCAAAAGACCAUGGAGAAGGAAGAAGUACAUAUUGCCCAUAUUGGAGCAAUCAAGGAUAUAUCUAUGAGGGGGUCAUAGCUAGCUUGAGAACAUGAAGAGGGAGUUGUGAUAGAUUUUUUUGUACGGAAAGGGCCAACUAUGAUCCCCAAUCUUUUUAGCUCAGUUUUGGAUGUGGCUAUUGAGCAAGUAUACAACAUGGGUACAACACGACAAAAAUACUAAAUUUUUUUGAAAUUCGUUAACAUGAAUUUAAAAAAUAUAUAUACUUUGCAUAAAUGCACAAUAUUUGUUAAUAUACAUGGAUUAUUUCUCAUUAAUACGACCAUAUCAGUGGUUUAUGAAUCAUGAUCACAAUUUACAAAAUAAAUAUUUGUGAUUCUUUCAUAAACGCAGUUACAUGUAUUUCUAUUACCCAUAUCAAAAUGCGUUCUUUCCUCUAUGAACAUGUUAGAAAAUUUUCACCAAUUCAUGUCUAGAAUGUCGUAAAAAGUAUAAAUAGUCCUAUUCAAGGUAUUAAGUCGUAUCCCAAACAUAUCACUCAAUAAAAUUAAAAAAUAUAAUAAAAUUGGAGGGUAUUCCUUGAUCAAGUAUUGAGGAGUACAUAGCUAUGAUAGUGAUUCUUUUGCCAUUGUUGGAGAAUCUUGAUGGAAUAACACCAAGGCCAAGAAAUCCAAGAGGUGAUGUAUUGAAGGAAGUAAAAGGAAUGAGUUAGUGUUGAAAAAUCAUAGGAGGAGUGAAGCCACUUUUGAACCUUAACUCCUAAGUUUUUAUUAGCAUAGCAUUUAUUUUUAUUCCUAUUUUACCCUUGUCUUUGAUUUCCUAU